AUGGGGCCGAAUGCUGAUUUUGUAGCGCUUCCUUCCUCGCCCCCUUUAUUGCCUUCCAACGAGAACGAUGAUCUGGACGACGAUGACUUGGGCCCAGAAGACGACCUGAUUGGAGAUAUCGAUGACGCAGAUGAACUGGCAGAAGAAGAAGAUGGCAUCGACCUCUUCGGAGAUACUUUCAUGGAUGACGAGCGCGAACGACCCGAUCAAGAAACGUAUCAGGGGCGAAUGAUUGACGACGAAGGCGAAUAUGACGAGCUUGAUGUUGCCGCUCGUCGUCAGUUGGAAGCUCGUCUUAACAAACGCGAUCGCGAGCUUGCCCGCAGGCGACGCAUGCCUGCGGCAUUCAUGCCAGAUGACGACGAUGAUGCUGGCAUUGACUUGACUCGACAACCUCGGAGACGCCGGCACCAUUACGACGAGGAUCAGGAAGACAUGGAUCUCGAUGAGAAUAUCAUGGAGGAGGAACUUUCUCUGGAGACGCUCCAAGAUGUUAAAGCAGCAAACAUCACGGAAUGGGUCACUCUGCCUCCAGUUAUGAAAACGAUUGCUCGAGAGUUCAAGUCGUUCCUCACAGAGUACAUUGAUGCCAAUGGCACAUCUGUCUACGGAACUCGGAUUCGCACCCUCGGUGAGGUCAAUUCAGAAUCCCUCGAAGUGUCGUACGACCACUUGUCUUCUACCAAAGCCAUUUUGGCAUACUUUCUGGCGAAUUCCCCCACAGAGAUGCUCAAGAUCUUCGACAAAGCCGCAUUUGAAGUGGUUCGACUACACUAUCCAAACUAUGAACUCAUCCAUCCAGAGAUCCAUGUGCGUAUUUCAGAUUUACCGGUCAAAUACACGUUGCGCCAGCUCCGACAGUCACAUCUCAACUGCCUAGUCAGAGUUUCCGGAGUGGUCACCCGGCGAACAGGUGUCUUUCCGCAACUCCAGAUGGUCAAGUUCACCUGCAACAAAUGCGGUGUUACUCUCGGGCCGUUCGCUCAGGAGUCAACCUCGUCAGAAGUCAAAUUGACAUUCUGUCCAGCGUGCCAGUCCCGGGGACCUUUCACUCUGAACACCGAAAAGACAAUAUAUCGAAACUAUCAGAAGCUGACGCUACAAGAAUCUCCCGGAACUGUCCCAGCCGGUCGACUGCCACGGCACCGCGAAGUCGUCCUCCUUGCCGACUUGAUUGACAGAGCCAAACCGGGCGAAGAAAUCGAAGUCACCGGUAUCUAUCGCAACAACUUUAGCGGUCAGCUCAACAACAAAAAUGGCUUCCCGGUGUUCGCGACAAUGCUCGAGGCAAACCACAUCAUCAAGACCCACGAUCAGCUUGCUGGUUUCAAGCUGACAGAGGAAGACGAGAGACAGAUACGAGCUCUUUCGAAGGACCCCAACAUUGUGGACAAGAUCGUAGACUCCAUUGCUCCGUCAAUCUAUGGUCACCGGGACAUCAAAACUGCAGUCGCACUGUCACUAUUUGGAGGCGUCAGCAAAGAAGCACAAGGCAAGCACAAAAUCCGGGGUGAUAUCAACGUACUCCUACUUGGUGACCCCGGGACAGCCAAAUCUCAGGUUCUGAAGUACAUUGAGAAGACUGCCCAUCGAGCUGUCUUUGCCACUGGCCAGGGCGCGUCUGCCGUAGGGUUGACUGCCUCCGUGCGCCGCGAUCCUCUCACCUCAGAAUGGACGCUCGAGGGUGGGGCUCUCGUCCUUGCCGACCGAGGCACUUGUCUGAUAGAUGAGUUUGACAAGAUGAAUGACCAAGAUCGGACUUCGAUUCACGAGGCUAUGGAGCAACAGACCAUCUCGAUCAGCAAAGCUGGCAUUGUCACGACUUUACAGGCACGAUGCGCCAUCAUUGCAGCCGCCAAUCCGAUAGGAGGACGGUACAAUAGCACGGUUCCAUUCAGCCAGAAUGUGGAGCUCACCGAGCCCAUCUUGUCACGGUUUGACAUUCUUUGCGUGGUCCGAGAUACUGCCGAUCCGGAUGAAGAUGAGCGCCUGGCCAAAUUUGUGGUUAACAGUCACGGAAGAGCACAUCCGGUCAAGCUCAGCGUUGACGCCGGAGAUGUCGCUGCCAUGGAGACUGAAGAGACAGACGCGAUCAACAAUGGUGAACCGCGGCAAGAAGGGGCCAUUCCACAAGAGUUGCUCCGAAAAUACAUUCUGUACGCAAGGGAGAAGUGCCGACCGAAGCUCUAUCAGAUCGACCAAGAUAAGAUUGCCCGAUUGUUUGCAGACAUGCGAAGAGAGUCUCUGGCAACCGGAGCUUAUCCGAUUACUGUGCGUCACCUCGAGGCAAUCAUGAGGAUUGGCGAGGCCUUCUGCAAGAUGCGGUUGUCCGACUACUGCACGUCGCAUGAUAUUGAUCGAGCGAUUGCUGUGACCGUUGAUUCUUUUGUGGGAAGCCAGAAGAUCAGCUGUAAGAAGGCGCUUGCCAGAGCGUUCGCGAAGUAUGUUGACUCUGUCGUGAUCUGA